AUGCACAUGCAAUGUUAUCACAAACUUAAUGAAUUAGUUACGCUUGAAAUGGCAUCGAUUGAAGAAGUGUUAGAAGCAAGAGCCAUAGUUACUAAUGACCAAUUGCUAUGGUUCCAAGUGCCUAGUCGAGAUAUUAAUUGGAAGGAUCUGAUUUCGCCAGUUAAACAUCGAGGAGGCGGGAGAAAUCUAGGAGAGCAUUUCAAACGAAUGAAUCUGGGAAAAAAUGAAUCAACUUCAAAUAGUUCAGUUGUUCCUAGAGUCUUGGUUUGCCACGACAUGAUGGGAAACUAUCGGGGUGAUAAAUAUUAUUCCUCAUCGAAAAAAUGGGACGACUAUAGGUUUUACCACUGGGCUGGAAUUGACUAUUUUUGCUAUUUCAGUCACCACUACAUCUCAGUCCCGCCAGCUGGGUGGAUAAAUGCAGCCCAUAAGCACGGAGUCAUAGUGUUAGGAACCUUUGAUGUUGAAGGUGGAAAUUGCCAUAUAAUACAAGACAUUCUACAAUCUCAGCACCGAAUUGACCGAACUGUUGAUGCAUUGGUUCGACUUUGCGACCACUUCUGUUUCGAGGGUUACCUACUUAACAUUGAAUGCAAUCUGAACCCUGAUUUAGCAUCGAACUUGCAUUACUUCAUCGAAAAUUUGACAAAUCGAAUCCAUUCAACUAUUCCCCACGGAACUGUCAUUCUCUAUGACUCUCUCACAAAAUCUGGUUCACUGCAUCACCAAAACGAGUUGAAUUUCCGGAACAAGCCAUUUUUCGAACUCUGCGAUGGCAUACUCAUUAAUUACCACUGGUUUGACCGGUCGUUGCAAACUACUGCUGAAACCAUUAGACAGUCCUUCCAGGGACAAGAACAUAAAGCCUUCAUUGGAAUAGAUGUUUUCGGGCGGAGUCAACCUGCGAAAUUUGAAACUUACAAACUAUUACAAGCGAUAGUGCCUUAUGGAUUUUCAGUAGGCCUGUUUGCAGCUGGAUGGACUUUUGAAAGUUUGAAAGCAAAUUACGAUAUUUUGCAGGAAGAAGGAGACGUAAGAGUUAAUGAGGAGUUUCUAAGAACUAAUGACAAAUUUUACAGCUUAAUAUGGCCUUUCCUUUCGACGAAGUCGUAUACCGAGAUGCCAUUUUACUCUAAUUUUUGCUUAGGGAGUGGAUUGUAUCAAUUCGGAUAUGGAAAUAGAGUUGGCGGAAGGUUCUUUAAUCUGUCAAAACAAGCCCUCCAACCUUCUGUACCAUUGUUCGGACUAUGUGAAAGGAAUUUCGAAGAAGGCUUGAAUGGUGGGUCGAGUUUAUCGAUAAAGAAAGCCAAUGAAAUUAUUCCACUGUUCUGCACUGAGUUCAAGGUCUCUAAAUCUUUUAUAUUCGCAUUCGCUUCGAAAGUAUUAGAUGAGACAGCAGAACUGGAGUGUGUUCUGCAAUUUUUCCCUGAAGGUUAUAAUUCAACUACCUUCCAAAUAGUUUGUGGGAGGCGGAAAUUUGGAGGUGAGGGGUCGCAGUUAUUACUUCCAGCUAUCGAGAGAGAACAAAGUUAUAAAGUUGCUCAGUAUAUGGCGCAAAGUUUUACGCAAAUAAAAAUACCCUUUACUUUGGGAAACGGAUGGAACGUGCAAUAUUUUAUAGCGAACUUCAAUAAAGCGGCGGUGGUGACAGAUAUUGGUGUGGUUUUAAGGUCCGCAAAGGAAACGGAUGCAUAUUUAGGCGCCGUCCAUUUCCAUGCGGCUGAUGUGGGGGUAGACGACUUCGCAAUGAUAAGGAUUAGUUAGAAUGAUUUUAUGUUAAAUGAAUUGUACUUAAACGGAUUCAUGGCAAAUAUGCAACUGUGCUAUAAAAACUCUACUUGGAACCUUUUAUAAUGGUCUAAGAAAUGUUGUCUAAAAUAUGGAUAUAUAAAAUUCUCCUUGUUUGGGAUUUGCUAAAGUUUUUUUUUCAUCGAUUCCUAGAAAGAAGUGGUGAUAUGUCCCCAAGUUUUGAGAGUUCACAUAAAUAUUUGAAUUAAAAAAUUAAGUUGGUGACGAACCUCUUGUUUCUACUGUACUGGAGGAGGCUUAGAAUAGUUACAUAUUUGUGGUAAUUUUAUAUGGAUUAUUUACUUGUAGAUUACGUAU